AUGCCGUCGGCCAUGUCAAGUUCUUUGGCAGGUCGAGCUCCGGCCGUCCUCCGACAUGGUCGACGAGUCCCGACAGCUCUGACCGGCCGUAACUUCACUCUCGCCGCUUCCAACGGUCUGGCUAGGGCCCAGCUUCAGAACAGCAACGCGAAGCUGUUGCAGAAGCGCCUCUUCUCCUCGAGCGCCCUUCGCCCCGGUGCUGCGCAAUCUGCGCCGAACCCCAAGGCGUAUCUGGAGAGCGGCGCUAUCAAGCCUUCUGCCGGUGUCGAUGUCAAGAAGGUGCUGGUCAUUGGCAGUGGUGGUCUUGCCAUUGGCCAAGCUGGAGAGUUCGACUACUCAGGAUCGCAAGCUCUCAAGGCUCUGAAGGAGGCGGGCGUCCAGUCCGUCCUCAUCAACCCGAACAUUGCCACCAUCCAGACCAACCACACACUCGCCGAUGAGGUCUAUUACCUGCCUGUCACCCCGGAAUACGUGACGUACGUUAUCGAGAAGGAGAAGCCCGAUGGUAUCUUCCUCUCUUUCGGUGGCCAGACCGCCUUGAACCUCGGUGUCCAGAUGCAGCGCUUGGGUCUCUUUGAGAAGUACGGCGUCAAGGUCCUCGGAACUAGCGUCAAGACCCUCGAAACCAGUGAGGAUCGCGAUCUUUUUGCUCGCGCUCUCGAUGAGAUCGACAUCCCCAUCGCCAAGUCGAUCGCAGUCGGAACCAUUGAGGAGGCCCUCGACGCCGCCGAGAAGGUCGGAUACCCCAUCAUCGUCCGUGCCGCUUACGCGCUAGGUGGUUUGGGCUCCGGUUUUGCAAACAACGAGGAGGAGCUUCGCAACAUGGCUGCCCGCUCCCUCACUCUGUCUCCCCAGAUCUUGGUUGAGAAGUCGCUGAAGGGCUGGAAGGAGGUUGAAUACGAGGUCGUCCGUGACGCGAACAACAACUGCAUCACUGUUUGCAACAUGGAGAACUUCGACCCCUUGGGCAUUCACACCGGAGACAGUAUCGUUGUUGCUCCCAGUCAGACCCUGAGCGAUGAGGAGUACCACAUGUUGCGAUCUGCUGCUAUCAAGAUCGUCCGUCAUCUUGGUGUUGUGGGAGAGUGCAAUGUCCAGUACGCACUUCAGCCCGACGGGCUUGACUACCGUGUCAUUGAAGUCAACGCCCGUCUUUCUCGUUCCUCUGCUUUGGCCUCCAAGGCUACAGGAUACCCUCUCGCCUACACUGCUGCCAAGAUCGGUCUGGGCCACAGCCUCCCCGAGCUUCCCAACGCCGUCACCAAGACCACGACCGCUAAUUUUGAGCCUUCUCUUGACUACAUUGUCACCAAGAUUCCCCGCUGGGAUCUUUCCAAGUUCCAGCACGUCAAGCGCGACAUUGGCAGUGCCAUGAAGUCUGUAGGCGAGGUUAUGGCUAUUGGGCGUACAUUCGAAGAGUCUUUCCAGAAGGCCAUUCGCCAGGUCGACCCCAAGUUCGUUGGCUUCCAGGGCGACAAGUUCGAGGACCUCGAUUAUGAGCUCCAGAACCCUACUGAUCGCCGCUGGCUCGCCGUUGGUCAGGCCAUGCUCCACGAGAACUACUCUGUCGAUCGGGUCCACGAGCUAACCAAGAUUGACAAAUGGUUCUUGUACAAGCUCCAGAACCUUGUCGACUGUCAACGGGCUCUCGAGAGCACCGGAAGUCUGGAGAACCUUAAGAAGGACCAGAUUAUCAAGGCCAAGAAGCUUGGUUUCUCUGACAAGCAGAUUGCUCUCGCUGUUGGUAGCACUGAGGACAAGGUCCGUGCUGCUCGUCUUGCCUUUGGUAUCCGUCCCUGGGUCAAGAAGAUCGAUACCCUUGCAGCCGAGUUCCCCGCCGACACCAAUUACCUGUACACCACCUACAACGCCUCGUCUCACGAUGUCACCUUCGAGGACAAGGGCACUAUUAUUCUGGGAAGCGGCGUGUACCGCAUUGGUAGCUCGGUUGAGUUUGAUUGGUGUGCCGUUAGUGCCACCCAGACUCUGCGUCAAAUGGGCAACAAAACGGUCAUGAUUAACAUACUAACAUCCGCGUUGUACAACCCGGAAACAUACAGCACUGACUUCGAUACUGCGGAUAAAUUGUACUUCGAAGAGUUGAGUUACGAGCGUGUCAUGGAUAUUUACGAGCUAGAGAGCGCUUCCGGCGUUGUCGUGUCCGUCGGUGGCCAGCUUCCUCAGAACAUUGCCCUCCGUCUUCAGGAGAGUGGUGGCGCCAAUGUUCUCGGAACCGACCCCAAAGAUAUUGAUAAGGCCGAGGACAGACAGAAAUUCUCUGAGAUCCUCGACAGCAUCGGUAUUGACCAGCCAGCCUGGAAGGAGCUUACCUCUGUCGAGGAGGCCGAGACUUUUGCCGACCAGGUUGGCUACCCCGUUCUCGUCCGCCCCAGUUACGUUCUCUCCGGCGCUGCUAUGACUGUCAUCCAUAGCCAGGAAGACCUUAAGGAAAAGCUCGAGGCCGCUGCCAACGUUUCUCCCGACCACCCCGUCGUUAUCAGCAAGUUCAUCGAGGGCGCUCAGGAGAUCGACGUCGACGGUGUCGCUUCUGAGGGUAACCUGAUCAUCCAUGCCGUCAGUGAGCACGUCGAGCAGGCCGGUGUCCACUCCGGUGAUGCCACUCUCGUCCUGCCCCCGGCCAACCUCGACCAGACCACCAUGGACCGUGUUAAGGAUAUUGCGGAGAGAGUCGCCAAGGCCUGGCGCAUCACUGGUCCGUUCAACAUGCAGAUCAUCAAGGCCGACAACCCUGAGGGCGGCGAACCUGCGUUGAAGGUCAUUGAGUGUAACCUUCGCGCCUCCCGUUCCUUCCCCUUCGUCAGCAAGGUCCUUGGCACCAACUUCAUCGAGGUUGCUACCAAGGCUCUCGUCGGCCAGCAGGUCCCCAAGCCGGUCGAUCCCAUGGCCGUUAAGCGUGACUACCUUGCAACUAAGGUGCCCCAGUUCUCCUGGACCCGUCUCGCCGGAGCCGACCCCUUCCUUGGCGUUGAGAUGGCCUCCACUGGUGAGAUUGCUUGCUUCGGCAAGGAUCUCGUCGAGGCCUACUGGACCUCCUUGCAGUCUACCAUGAACUUCCGGAUGCCCGAGCCCGGUGAAGGUUUGCUCUUUGGCGGUCAGCUUAACAAGGAGUGGCUCCCUACUGUUGUCAACUAUCUCGCCCCCUUGGGUUACAAGCUGUACGCCGCCGACAACGAGGUCAAGGAGUUCCUGGAGUCGAGCGCCAAGAGUAAGAUCUCGGUCGACGUCAUCGAGUUUCCCAAGGAGGAUAAACGCGCCCUCCGUGAAGUCUUCCAGAAGUACGACAUUCGCGGCGUCUUCAACCUGGCCAAGGCCCGUGGCAAGACCAUCAUGGAUGUCGACUACGUCAUGCGCCGCAAUGCCGUCGACUUUGGCGUUCCCCUGUUCAUGGAGCCCAAGACUGCUAUGCUCUUUGCUCAGUGCAUGAGUGAGAAGCUGCCCCGCAAGGAGGGCAUUCCCUCCGAAGUCCGCCGCUGGUCCGACUUCCUCGGUGGCAAGCCGUUGUAA